CACCAUCCUGAGGACUCUAAAAAGCAAUUGUGGCUGAGCCAGGGCCUCAGCAGAAACCACACCUUGGUGCCAUCUUACAAAGGUGACAUGGCAAAUGGAUCAUUCCAUUUUAAUCAAGAUCCACCCAUCACCUAAUCACAGCUCCCCAUUCCAAGUUCACUGCUGUGUUUUGCAUGCUUGUUGCUGCCCCAAAAAUUGGCCAUCACUCUUCAUUGUGAAUGAAGGUUGGGCAUUUCUCUUGAUGACCAUUGGGCCCAGAUUUGACAUCAUAAUGGGCUUUAUUACGAAGCAAGCAGCUUCACUCUGUUUCCGAGGCAAUAUUGAGGGAAUUCUGCAGAGCAACGUCAUUCAGGACAGUGAUGAGGAGGAUUGGUGCGAUUGCAGCAGGAAUCUGUGGACUUCUCUUUCUGGCAUACUGCAUCUACUUCGACAGAAAGCUACGGAAUGUUCCCAGUUUUAAGGAAAGGCUACAGCAGCGGAAGAGGAAGCAGGAGGAGGCCACGGUAGACAACAGGGUCUCCAACCUCCCAAACCAGAAGGACACAGAAGCCAUGCAGGCAUUUUUCCUGGAUGAAAUCCAGCUGGGGGAAGAGGCGCUGUCACAAGGUGACUACGACGUGGCCGUCAAUCAUCUGUCCAAUACAACUGCCAAUUGCGGCCAACCCCAGCAGCUCCUUCAGGUCCUUCAACUGACAAUCCCCCCACCAAUUUUCCAAAUGCUUCUGGUGAAACUCGCAACUGCCAUCUAAUGAUUGGUGAGGCAGCAGACAAAGCAGUAUUGAGUAAGGACACUUGUAAACACAUCUCUUUAUUUUCAGAUAAAGCGUCACCUAAUACAACCUG